AAAGGACUAGUUCUCAAUACGACAAUGCACAGAAUAAAACAACAACUCACUGAAACGACUACGUUUUUAAGGAGACUUUUCGUCUUCUGCACCCGCUAUCCAUAAACCCAUGAACACUGUCCGCACCAUUACUCUUUCUUGGCGCCAAAAAGAAAAAAAGAAAAGAAAUGAGCACCUGCAGAACCCUAAACCUAACUCAAAUCCGUAUAUCUAUUUGUUCCCUCAAAAAAUCCAAACCCUGUUUCUUGAAUCCCAGAACUGCUGGUCCAUACAGACCGAGUGCAAGAUCUUAUAGUUCAAUACAAGCAGCAGCUGUCUCGCUUGAAUCUGCAGAUGACAGCAAAAACGAGACCGUAGAGCAUUUGCUCAGCAACCGGGAUGACGUGUUAAGAUUGAUGAAAAUGGAGAGGAGGCCAGACGCGGAAAAAUCGGGUAGCCGGUGGUUUCCGUAUUUGGAUAGGUAUAAGUGUGGGAGUGGUGAAUUGAGUGGUAGUGAGGUAUUGGAAGCGGUGGGUCCGUAUAUAAUGGAAGAUAGGAAAGAGAGGUUUGCAAAUGUGGUUAAGAAUCGGAGUUACUCCGUGUGUUUGGUUGUUGAAGGCUUGAGUGAUUUCGGGAAUGUUUCAGCUGCUUUUCGCUCUGCUGAUGCUUUAGGGUUUCAGUCUGUUCAUGUUGUUUCUUGUGAUUCCUCCAAAAGGUACAGAGACAAUCGCCAUGUUAGCAUGGGUGCAGAAAAAUGGUUGGACAUUGAACUUUGGGACUCUACCCAAGAGUGCUUUGAAGUUCUAAAGUCACGUGGUUAUCGAAUUGCCACUACACAUGUCGGAAUGGAUGCAGUAUCUAUUUAUGACAUGGAUUGGUCGUGCCCGACUGCAAUAGUUGUUGGAAAUGAAAAUCGGGGGAUAAGUGAUGAAGCCCUGGAACUGUCAGACUUGCACUGCAGUAUUCCUAUGAAAGGCAUGGUAGAUUCUUUCAAUGUUUCAGUUGCAGCAGGCAUCCUUAUGCACCAAGCUGUUUGUGACAGAACUUCUCGCCUGGGAAGUCAUGGAGAUUUGACGUUAGCAGAAAGCCGGGUCCUACUGGCGGAGUUCUCGCUGCGUCAUAGCAAGAGUGCAAUAAGCAUAGCUCAUGAGUAUGCGAAGCGAAAGGCCGCUACACCAAUGCCAAAGCUUUGAUUGAGAUAUGAACCACAUAGUAUUCAACUUCUCUGCUCUCAGGUCUUCAUAGGAGUUGCUGCCAAUUGAUGUGAAGCCAAUAAGCCAUCAUAAUAGAUCCAGUUAAAGCUUAAAAACCGAGUAAGUGUAGAGGACUUCAGCACUCGGCCACAUCAGUCAGUGGAGAAAGGAGACUGAACAAAAUGGCUGGCUUGGCGGCAACGAGCAAGGCAUUUCCAAAGAUGAGAUGCAUUCUGGGCUGUUAAUGUUGAUUAUCUGUGAUUUAAAUUUUUUUGAAUAUGUUUUCUUUUGUUAUAAUGUAAGAUAAUUUUAUACACUUCUAUGGGUGAUAUUGCCUUCA